GGAGGAGGGCGCCAGCUACUUCAUCGAGUGAGUGCUGCGGCGCGGGGGGGCGAGGGAGGGCGCGGGAUGGGGAAAGUUGGGCGCGGGGCUGCGGCGGCUCCUUCAGCGCGGCCGGCAACAGGUUUCCCCCGGGCGGCUGCUUGGUUGGUUGGUUGGCUUUUGUUGUUGUUGUUUUUUUUUUUUUCCUUUCCUAUCUUCCUGGUACUGAAAAGCGCGGCUCGCGGCAGGUGGAGCGCUAACCGGCCCCGCGCCGGCUGCGUGGGCGCUGCGUGUGUGGGCGCGGGGCGGGCGGCGUUGGCGGCCCGGCCUGAGGGCGCUGCUUCUGCGAGGGGCUCCGCGCGGUGUGAGCGCCAACUUAGCGCCCGGUGCGGCGGGAGCGGCGCGCGCGGCUCUGCGCCUAUGUGGCUCGUGAUGAAGAGGCCCCCCCGUGCCCGCAUGGCUGACGCAGAGAGCCCCGGCGGCGCUGGGCGGUGGGUUUGGUCCCAGCUGCUUUGUGUGGAAGGCUUUUUGUGCCUUGUUUGUCAGACAGCUGCAGAACUUUCCAUUUCUGACCCGUUGAACUACACUUGUGCUCAAUGCGUUGUCCUAACUGGUGUUAAUAGCGUUCUUCAGCUUGAGCUGGAGUUGCUUCAGAAAACGAAGCGUGUAUUGCUGAAGGGAGCGCGUAUUUCACACAGCGGUCACGUAAACUUGGCCAUCCUUUAGUCAAGGAGAACUUUUGUGAGAGGGCACCAGCAGUUCUGGACAGGAAAAUGUUCGGCUGUGCCACUUCAGGUUCACCUGGCGUAGUAUCCUCUGCAGCAGGGAUGCUUCCCCUCACGCAGCUCCAACUGCGCUGCUCCUCUCGGAGGCCCCGGAGCCACGUGGAUUUUCUCUGCUUCUCUAUUUUUCCCAUGACCACACUGAGCCCCUCUUUUGCUCACAUAAAGUCCCGCGUCCUUAGGCAGGGAUUUCCAUAGCUCACUGCUCUGUUCGUCGCUCCUGUGUUGCUCCCACGUGAUGAGUUCUCAGCUUACAGAACAGAAAGGCUGCCGGUCCCUCAGUGCACGAUUUCACAUCUCGUCCUAUUCCAUCUAAUAGCACUCCUGCUCGCAGGAACCGUGAGCUGUUCGUUGGCUGUCUCUUUUAACUGGUGAUAGUUUCCAGUUGGGUGUCAUCCACAGACAUUUCAUGAGCACACACUCCAUUCUUGCUCCUUCAUCACUGAUGUACUGAAUGGGGCUGGGAGGAAUGCUGCGAGCUGCCCGUCUCUCUUGUCGUAAUUUCCACUUUAAGCGUGACCUGUUGUAGUUUCAUCUUUGAUUUGCUUCUUUCUCUCUCUUCUAGGUCUUAUAUCAGCUGUAACUUAAUUAAUCUUGCAUGGGACGUGGUGUCAAAUAUUUAAACAUGCCGGCCAACUCCACUUGCAUAACUUAAUUUUUAGAAUGGUGGCAGUCAAAAUGUUCGGCUGAGUGUUGGAUGUGAGCUGUCUUUGAUUUUUAAAAGCAAUCAAUUUGAUGUCUACUUACUCCUGUGCCUUUAUUCUUUUCAUCAGUACUGUGGGCGGUCCUGAAGCAGCAUAUAGUAAAACAAAAGUUGAUAAGCACUUCUCUGCACUUUUUUUUGCGACAUGAAGUCGGUCAUCUUUGUUGCAAAAGUGCUUUAUGGACUUUCUGGGCUUUAGGAACUUCUCUGCUUUCUGCAUUUGAGCUUGUUUGCCUUUUUAGGAAAGACACCCCCACUGACAGCGUGUGUGAGCGCUGCCGAGUGACUGAUACAUCCCAGUCUUUAUUUUCCUUUGCUGCUUUAACUUUUAGGACUGUAGUUUGCACAGUGAAGUCACGUAAGAAGCUGUGUUCUGGUUCUUCCCACUUCUGCACAUGCAGAUCUUUCUGGGUGAUUUUCUCUGUACUGAUUAUUUUUCAGGUUUUCUUGAUAGCAGCAAACGCUACUAGUGUAGUCCUGCCUUUUAUCCUAAAACCACUAAAUAAAUGAUGUAGAAACUGAUCUUUUUGGAUAUCCUCUUGGUAGUUUAGAUAAAAUCUCACUUUUGCAGCUUAUUUGCAACUUAGCUUCCCCCCAGGAGAAAAACCGGGUAACUUUUUAUAUGGUUUAAAUGUCUUUCCAUAUAUACAGAACCUCAGCAUCUUUGUUACUCUUAAUCAGAAAGACAUGGCAUCAUCAGCUCGGCUCAGAACAGAUAUCGACUCCGAUUGCAGUGUGGUCACCUUUGCCUCUGAGCUGUGAGACUUGUCUCAUCCUCUGUGACUUAUUUCCUCUUUGAGUGACAAGAAUGUGUGGAAAACAACAGUUUUUCUUAGCAAAAAGUGGUUGGUUGGCUUAGCCUGCCGGCCUUCCAUCCAUUUUAAGAGGAAUACUGAUAUAGGUUUGGUCGUAGGUUCAAAUGUUUCUUUGCUUAACAGUAUCACAGUCGGUGCCUGUGAUGGCUUGCACUACUCUUUCACCUGUCUCCUGUUUUGUUUUCUCUGCUAAUGCUUGUGAAAUACAUUGUGUAUGUUGGGCAACUGCUUUAUGUUGGAGUCACUGCAGGAAGAAUGUUGCUAAACAUAUACGGGAUUGAAUGAGUACUUGCAACACUUGCUGUGGUUUGCUUCAUGUAUCUGGGCUGCUGAUAGGAGCUGGUAGGCUCGGCCAGCAGGCUUUCUGGGGAAGGAGAAAAUGCCACAUUAACACUGCAUAUCACAAAGGUAAUACUGCAUUCAGGUUGUAAAGUCAGGAACAAACAAAUGGCAGUCAGCACUGAAAUAGCUGAAGUUGACCUUUUGUUGAUGGAUUCCCGAAAUCAGUUCUUCGCUGGAUAGUGUUCACUUUGGACACUUGUUUGGGUAGCUCUUAAAACUCUUAAAAGUGCUUUUUUUUCCCCUCUUGUAUAUAGGAAAAUAGCAUGGUAUGUAUUACUUGGAUAUAAAUCCAUGCCUGAUUUAGUGGGUGGCAAUGCUGUAUGUGGUGGAUGGGUUGGAACUGGGUGAUUCCGAGGUCCCUUCCAACCCAAGCCAUCCUAUGCAAUACCAAAAAUGGGAAGGACACCACAGUGGUGAGCAGCAAACUGCAAUCCGUGUUUGUAACUGGGAUUCUGCUCUGCCAAACAUACAUGUAGAUACUGUGUUGCUGAAAACCACGCAGGAGCUUGAAUUUGCCUGCUGUAGGUGAUACCCAGCCAUUUGCGCUGCCAUUAGGGAAGCUGAGGGUGGUCUCUGACUAAAUGAAAGGAUCGCGUGCUCUGAAGUGUCACGGAGAAACUUCUGGGGGAAGAAAUGUGGGUGCACAGCAGUGGUCAAGGCCAUCAUUUGGAUAGAUGUCUGUGUGCAGCUGCCUGCAGGUUGCGAUUUGCUGCUGGAACAAAGAAUUGCCACUGCGGGGACUGGGCUUCAUCGAAGUAAUUCGUGUGGGAGGGAAAGCAGGUGUGAAAUUAAGGAGUGGAAGAAAAAUGCCGGAAUUGGAUUUUGUGUUGGGAUGGGAGGGGAGAAAAGCCGUGCAUUCGGCAGCAGUGCCGGGCGGUCUGUAGCGGCCUCUGCUGGCUCACGGCUGCGAGGUGAGAGCGGGGGAGGAGCUGCCGGCCCGGGGCUGAGCCUGCCUGCCUUCUUGUCCUCGCCAGUUUAUUAGCCAAAAAGUGGCCUAUUUGGGCAGUGCGGAGAGGAAGAGCUAUAUAAAGUAAGCCGUAUUGUCCGCAGCUGUUUCUCGGUCUCUCUGUUGCCCUUUGGUCUCCAGCUCCAGGCUUGAGCACGUGGCUUGUUUAAUCAAUUUUGGGCGUUGAGCAAAAUUGCAGCGGGGAUAUUGGGCGUGCUGGGUAGGUACGGGAGUUGUAUUUCAUUCAAGUUAGGGCAACACAUGCAUCUCCUCCUUGUUGAUGGUUAAAAUGAGAAAUCACUCAUUAAAAAGUCAAGUAAACGCUGAUAGAUUUGUACUCAGGCAGGGGUUGCUAAAAAAUGCAGACAGCCGAAGAAGUACUUGGUAGCUCUCAGGGAAGGAGAGAGCGAGGUUGGUGCUGCCUGGAUUGCAGGGUACCCUCCAGAAGAGCAGGCUGGGAACUUUGCACAGGGAGGUUACCACGUGCGGUUUGGUUCCAUGGUGUAUAUGAAGAGGAGCAUUGUGUGCGUUCCCUGGCGGGGGGGUAAGAGUGUAUAGGAGGAGGUGCCAGUUUUUGUUUGUUUUUAAAGCGUGGCUGCACCAAAAGGUACUUAGCUUGGUUUGUCAGCCCCUGCUUGCCUUUCUUCCAAAAUACGCAUUUAGUUGUUGGGAAAGCUGAACUUUGGCUACCUGAGGAGGAAAGUGAGGCCAUAAUCAGCAGACCACGUCAUUUAGACAUCCUGUGACAGGACAGGUUUCUCCAGAAAAUAUUGAAUUUAUUUUGCAAGAAGAACAGAAUUCACCUAUGUCCAACCAACAAAUAAACCAAAGACCUUCAAGCAUGGUCAGUGAAUCAUCCACUGCAGUAACUAUGUCUGCUGUUGAUACGAAGCCUGGUUCUAAGGUAAUGAAGGCUGGAAACAAAGUUCAUAGCUUUGGAAAGAGGGAACAAGCUAUCAGGAGGAAUCCCAAUGUUCCUGUGAUAGUGAGAGGCUGGUUACACAAACAGGACAGUUCUGGUAUGCGAUUAUGGAAAAGACGAUGGUUUGUGCUUGCUGAUUAUUGUUUGUUUUACUAUAAAGAUAGCAGGGAAGAAUCUGUGUUGGGUAGCAUACCAUUGCCCAGCUACGUAAUAUCUCCUGUUGGACCUGAAGAUCGUAUAAAUCGCAAGUUUUCCUUUAAGGCUGUCCAUACAGGAAUGCGGGCAUAUAUUUACAAUAAGAAUUCUGUUAUUGGCUCUCAGGCAGAGCAUUCAGGGAUGCGGACGUACUACUUCAGUGCAGAUACCCAGGAGGAUAUGAACAGCUGGAUCCGAGCUAUGAACCAAGCUGCCCUUAUGCAAACACGCUCUUCACUGAGGAGAGAAACUGAAAAAGCAGAUCAACGAGCUGUUCCCCAAGUCAAUCACGUGGAUGCCUGUAAAGUGUGUGUGAAGGCAGAGGCUACAGACACAAAAGAAAGUUAUCAAAAAUCUGCUGAAAUGCUCGGGUAUGAUAAGCGUGAAGAGAUAAGAAGAGAAAAAGAGGAAGAGGAGCGUUACAUCCACAGAAAAGAAGCUCUAGAAACUAAGAAGGGAAAGGCUAAGCAUGCGUUAACAGAAGCUGAUUCAUUAUUUCCAGAUUUAACGAAUGCACCACGGUCCCAAGUAGCUCAAUCUCUGCCCAUUGAGAAGAAUGGAACGCUUCCUAGUUCAUUAAGUAUGAGCGCUGGCCUAGCGGAGCAGAAUGGCACCAGCUCAUAUAAAAGAGGGUUUGUUCCCAGAACAAAUCCCGAUAAACAGAUUCAAAGAAAAAGUAAUAUGGCUCAAGUGGAGCACUGGGUAAAAGUCCAAAAAGGAGAUACAAAAAGCCUUGCUUCUGAUCUGACUCUCACACGUCAGGGUCCCAAUCCACCUUUUUCUGAAAACUAUCACACUUUGCCAAAGAAUACCAGGCAGCCUUCAGGGAGCUCACCGCCACCGCUAAGUCGCAAUUUGCCGAGUGACUACAAGUAUGCACAAGAUCGUGUUAGCCACUUGAAGAUGUCCCAGGAGGAAAGGAAGGCAAAUAAGGAUGGAACUGUUUGGCAGCUUUAUGAGUGGCAGCAGAGACAGCAGUUUAAGCAUGGCAGCCCCACUGCCCCGCUUUACGUAGGCUCUUCAGAUUUUAUCGAUCGGGGUAAGUCAAAAAGUUCAUUGGAUGUUCCACGAUCGAUAUCUGUUCCACCCUCUCCAUCUGAUAUUCCUCCACCUGGACCUCCAAAAAGCUUUCUCCCGAGGAGACCGCACACUCCUGCAGAAAGGCUUACAGUUAAACCAUCUGACGAGAGACAGACUGUAGACAGUCCUUUCGCUGGAUCACCCAGGAAGAUUCGAAGUAAUGCUCUAAAGAGCUCAACUCACAUUGAUCGACGCUCGAUGCCAUCUAUGGGCUACAUGACCCAUACCGUGAGCGCACCAAGUUUGCAUGGCAAGUCGGCUGAUGACACUUAUAUCCAGUUGAAAAAGGAUUUGGAGUAUUUAGAUCUGAAGAUAGAAAAUAAUGGACCUCUGAUCAACAUGAUUUACAAAGUGCUGAAGAACUCAGCACAGGGGUUACUUUCCAGUAUACAUGUGUCGGGCCGUGACACGCUCAAAGAGCGAAGUACGAAACCCGUCAAAGUUGCAGAAAGUGAUAUUGAUGUCAAGCUGAGCGUUUUCUGUGAGCAGGACAGAAUUCUGCAGGACUUGGAGGACAAAAUAAGAGCUCUUAAGGAAAAUAAAGAUCAGCUGGAGUCUGUUUUGGAGGUGUUACACAGGCAGAUGGAACAGUACAAAGACCAACCACAGCAUGCAGAAAAGAUUUCCUACCAGCAAAGACUUUUACAAGAAGAUCUCAUACAUAUUCGGGCUGAAAUAUCCAAAGUUUCAACAGAAAUGGAAAAUGCCUGGAAAGAAUAUUUGAAACUAGAAAACGAUGUGAGCCAGCUGAAAAAAGCCUUACAGGAACAGAUGAAUAGUUCAUUGGUAUCUCAGGAGAAAACACAAAUACAAAAAGACUUGUGGAGAAUUGAAGAUGUUACGGCUGGCUUGAGUGCGAAUAAAGCAAAUUACAAAACCAUAGUAGACUCCAUCAAGAAUCCAGAAAGAAAAACAGUGCCUUCGUUUUCUCAGUCUACAGUGCCUUCCUUACCAGCCUCUCUCACAACUGUGGAGAGCAAACCUUCAGUUCCUCAAAGCCCUCCGUCCAGCCUGGUCAAACCUUCCCUAGAGGUGAGGCUGUAUCCACAGCCUUAUUUCCAGUCCAGAACUCAGCAACAAGUACCACAGCUGAAAAAAAUUGAGCCACCUCUUCAGUCUCCAGUUAGGCUAACGCCAAAGGUUGAAGAUGAAGCACCGCCCAGACCUCCUCUCCCUCAGUUAUACAGUCCUGAAGAUCAACCACCAGCUGUUCCACCACUCCCAAGAGAAGCCACUGUCAUCAGACACACGUCAGUGCGAGGCCUGAAACGUCAGUCAGAUGAAAGAAAGAGAGACAGAGAACUAGGACAGUAUGUAAACGGAGAUUAUAGGGUAGAACUGCGUUCAUAUGUGAGCGAACCAGAACUAGCAAUGAUAGGUGGUGACCUCAGCCAACCUUCCAGUGGUUUCAUAACAGUUGAUAGUGGAUACCAGACAUUGCCUACUCGUGGCUUAUCUGGAUCAACUUCCAGAUUGCACCAGUCAUCUACCAUUUCAUCAUAUGCAACUCUUCGAAGGGAUAGGUCCAAGGAGAGACCAAAGAGUGCCUUGGAACGUUUAUACUCUGGAGACCACCAAAGAGGCAAGAUGAGUGCAGAGGAACAACUAGAAAGAAUGAAACGACAUCAGAAGGCAUUAGUUCGUGAACGCAAGAGAACCCUUAGCCAAGGAGAAAGGCAGUCUGUUUCAUCUCGGUCUUUCAUCAGGCCCAUUUCUGCAGACAUAGGCUCAUGGAAACGAGAGCAAGAAUUUGAUUUGCAGCUACUUGAGAGGGCGAUUCGUGGAGAAGAAAAGGAUGAAAAUGAAUGGCUAAAAGUUCAGCCCGUAGCAGUGGCGGUGACAGAGACAGACCUGGAGCCUCAAGACUACGAUUUAGACAUCAGCAGAGAGUUGUCAAAACCUGAGAAGGUUGCGAUUCCGGAACGUUACGUUGAAUUGGAGCCAGAAGAACCUCUUUCUACAGAAGAACUGGCAGCAAGGCAGCGUAAGGCAGAGAAGAUAAAGAACAUUCUCACUAAAUCAAGUAUGCACAAUCUACAGCCUACUAUUGCCCAGGACAAGCACAACUCAGUUGAUUUAGAUUCACAGCUCCAAGAGCAGGAACGCAUCAUUACCAUAUCAUACGCUUUGGCUUCUGAAGCCUCUCAGAGGAGCAAGGAGGUAGCAGCUCAGCAGUUGACCUACCCACCCAAAGCACCCUCACCUUCUGUACCACAGCCACCUCACUCUCCCCUAAGCAAUGGAUUUCACUACACAUUUGUUUAAACACCUUAAA